CAUGGUUCAGCCCACCCCCUCUGGCAUCAGCAAACCACCCAACCCCUUCUCCCCCUGCCCUUCUGCAAACCCUUCUCGCUCUCGCUCGCUCCGUUCGUCGCCGGUCGCUCGCUCUCGCUCUCGCUCUCGCUUGAUCACAAUCGAGGCACCACCGCCGCAUCACCUCCUUAAGCCACCGCUGCACCACUCACCUCAUUGCAAGCACCGAGGACCACAGCCUCCGCCACCUUGAUAGGAUGGGUAUUAAUAAAGAGGUGUCGGAAAAUUUGAACGAGGACUAAUGCAGUUAGCCUAAGGUGGAGGGUUAAUUAAACCCUAUUCUUUUGGGUUUCAGACUAGGAAAGUUUGAAUCUUUUCCCUAACUUCCUGGCUCCGCUACUCAACGCCCGCAGCCAUAUCACUUACGCCUAAUGAGGGAGCAGUGUCCUUCAAUUCUCAUUUUGGCCUUUUAACAAACACUUGGUGGUUGACACACAAAAAGAAAAAAGAAAAAAGAAAAAAGAAAAGGGACUUGGACGGAGCAAUAAAGAGAGAGGUGAGUGAAGCAAAACUAGUGGAUUGAUUACUUGUUGCAACCAUACUCUUAGUUAACUGUUUUUUACUCUCUCUCUCUCUUAAGGACUUGGACCGAGAGCUAGAGAGAGAGGUGAGUGAAAUGAAACCAGUGGAUUUAUUAUUUGUUGCAACCAUACUCCAGUUAAUUAUCUUUUACACUCUCUCUUUCUCUCGCAUUUCGUCUAUAGGAUGACUUUUGGAGCAAUCAAGGUUUUACUUAACUUGAAUAAAUCAAAUGUCGCUUCUGUCAAAUGUGCAAUUUUUUCAAUUCAACAUCGUUGUGUGAAGUCCUUUCUUGGCACAAUAUAUUCGGUGUCACAAUAUCGAUCUAUGACAACAAGCAAGCGAAUCCAAGACCGAAGCAAGAAGAAGAGAGUUCACGAUCUUGAAAUCGCGACAGAGAAGUGGAAGAUUGCCUCAAAAGUGUUGUUUUUAUUGGAGAUCUUGAAGCAAGAACCUGAACAAAUCAUACCUAUAAGGUCACUUGAUCAUUAUAGGAGGCAAAUCAACUUGCCAAAGCCCAAUAAGAUUUCGGACUUCAUUCGAAAAUGCCCGAAGUUGUUUGAACUGUACAAGGACCACAAAGGGGUGUUGUGGUGUGGGAUGACGAAACAAGCUGAAGAGUUGGUUCAAGAAGAGGAGAGGAUCAUUGAAACCUACUCGGAGAAGGCAGCCGAGCAUGUGGCCAGGUUUUUGAUGAUGUCUGUUGAUAAGCGAUUACCGUUGGACAAACUUGCCCAUUUCAGAAGAGACUUCGGUUUUCCUAUUCAUUUUCGGAGAAAUUGGAUUUAUAGGUAUCCUCAACACUUUAGGGUGGUUAAGAAUGAGGACGAUAUUGAGUUUUUGGAGCUUGUUUCCUGGAAUCCGUCUUGGGCCGUCACUGAAUUGGAGAAGAAAGUGAUUGGGAUGUCAAAGGAUCACCAACCCGGAUUACUUUCGCUCUCUUUUGCAUUGAAAUUCCCACCAGAUUACAAGAAGGUCUAUAGAUAUGGUGGGAAGAUUGACCACUUUCAGAAGCGCACCUAUUUGUCUCCUUAUGCAGAUGCUCGUGGAUUGAAAGCCGGGUCGCUAGAAUUUGAUAAGAGAGCAGUUGCUGUGAUGCAUGAGUUACUUAGCUUCACUAUUGAGAAGAGGUUAGUAACUGAUCAUUUGACCCAUUUUAGGAGGGAGCUUGUGAUGCCUCAGAAGUUGAUGAGGCUUUUACUAAAACAUUUUGGCAUAUUCUAUGUUUCUGAGAGGGGGAAGAGAGCUAGUGUGUUUUUGACUGAAGCAUAUGAAGGUUCUGAGUUGAUUGAGAAACUUCCAUAUGUCCUUUGGAAGGAGAAGGUCCAAAGCCUUACAGGUUAUAGAGGAAGGCAGAAGAAAAUUCAAAGUUUUGAUGAUCUUGAAGAGAUGGAGGAUCGGGGUUUAUUCAAGAGUGAAUUUGAAGAAGACAUUGUGUAUGUGCAAUCAGAAAAGGAAGACAACUUGAGCAGUUUAGAGGAUUCUUCACUCUUAGAUGAAUCUGAGAUGGGGAUUGGAGAUAUAUGCAGUGCAUAUAAGGAUAUUGAAACAUUGUAAGUUUCUGAAAUUGCUAUGGUGGGGCUUGUUGAAGAAUACGACAUAAGAGAUUUAGGAGCAGGUUGAGAAAGAGAGUGUGAGGUGAGGUAGAGAGUGGAGGAUGGCUUGCCAGUUCAAGAAUUGAGGAGAGAAGGGAUUGUGUCUUCUCGGCCAUGAUGAAAUAGGGCAUCAUAUGGGUUUAAACAUUUCUACCCAUAGAUGACUCGAAGGGUGAAGGACAGAGAGGCUAUUUUGUUGAUUCAAGCUCAUGUUAAUGGCAAUUAGUUACAGCUUUAAAUAAGUAGAAUUGAAAGAGGAUGAAUUCCAAGAUAGAAAGGGAAGAGACUUUCUAGAAUUGGCAUAUUAAAUGCUACAGAAGAAGGUGUUAUGGACAAUUGCAUGCUCAUAAAGAGCCCAAUUUCUUAUAUUUGUUUUUUUGAUUGUCUUGAUGGAGUAUGAUGAUGGCUGUUGCGAGUCAGGCUUCCAGGUUGUAUUAUUGUUAGGAACCUAGGGGUAUAAGGGACAAAUGGGGCUAUAACUAACAAAGGGUUGUGUUGUAAGCGGUUAGGAGUUAGCUGAAUGAUUGUUAGGGAGUUAAGAGAGAGCCUAUAAGAAGGCUUGUGUAAUAGCUGAAGGGAUUAUGGAAUAUUAAAUGAAUGUUUUCCAUAUUCUCUCUCUUGUCUAUCUUUCUCCAAUUCUCCAUACAUCUCUCUCUCUCUCGUUCUCCCUCAUUCUAUUCCAUUUCCCUCCCCAUUCUAUUCUUCUUCUUCUAAAUUCCUAUUCAAACCCUAGAAAACCCUAGGGUCUUAACAAUUAUGAUGUGUUAAAGACAGGUAGGGGGACUGGAGAUGGUGAGAAUGAAUUGGGCCAAGUCACAGCCGAGAUACAUAAUAUGCUUUAAUCAGAUCAGCCAGGGUAAGGAUCCUCAACCCUUUUUGAUCCACUGCCAUGCCUAUUUUUAUAUGGCCACAGAUAAAACAAUCUAAUAUCACUGCUUGAGAUGCUGAAGAUAUGAAAUGAAUAAUCGAGCAAGUUUUAGAACAAAAGAAAUUGGCAACUGUAGUAGAAGACUCGGACGAAAUGAAAACCUCCUACAACAUAGAAAUUAGGGAAAAAUUGAUUCCUUUGAAAUUCAAAAAUGCCUCAGAUUAAAUCGUACUCUAUCAAGAUAGUGAAGAUAGAUUCCCACGAUCAAAUACAAAAUUAUGAGUCUAUCAUGUUGUUACACGGUUGGGAAGAUACUAUUAUGUAUUGGGUUUUCUAACUUUAACAGAUCAUGCUCGAAUUUGGUUUAAGGGUUUAUUUUUUCCUUCAAACAAUUGAAGAAAGAAUUUAUAAAAUAAAAUUUUAACGCAAAAAAUGUGAAUGAUUCGAAAUUAGAAAUGCAGAAAGUCUGAAAAUGAUUUAGAAUUAGAAAUAUAAAAAGUGUGAAAAUAAUUUGAAAUUAAAAGUAUAAUAACUGUGAGAAUGAUCUGGAAUUAAAAAUACAAAAAGAGUGAGAAUAAUGUAGCAUUGGAAAUGCAAAAAUUAGGAGAAUGAUGAAAGAAAAAUUUAAUAUUAGAAACACAAAAUACAAGAGACCAAAUUAAAAAAUCAAACAUGUAAAAAUGUAAAUACGAUCUAGGAUAACUCAAAAUAAAAAAGGAUAAAUGAAAAAUUGGGAGAAUGUCUAUUAUUUUGUAAGAGCUUUCUCUCCUUAGCUAAAGCUUCUUUCCUCUCUAUUAUUCUCUUCCCACUUGAAUCUCACACAAUCUCUUUAGUCACUAAGGAUCCAAAGCCACCCACCCAUUCUCCCUCUCUUACAUAGAGGCAAAGGUUGCUACCCCACCCCAAUAUUCCUCUACUCACAAAUGGAGUAGUCAAUUCAAAAUGUUUAUCAAAUAACACUUUUAUUUUAGUAUAAGGAAACCCAAUUUCAUAAUUUUAGUGUCUUUAAGAUGUAUCACUAAGAAUAAUGGAUUAAAUGGCAACUUUUAUAGAGGAAGCAAAGGGGCAAUCCCAUGGUGAGACUACAAGGGGGACCAUUUCUCCUUUGUUUGUGAUGAUUUUUAUAUAGUAAAGUAAAAACCAGAGCGCAGCCUAACAUGUGGGUGCAAUCACAUUACUUCUUUUUGUUUUUACCAAAUUUCUUAGCUCAAGUACACUACUUUUCAAUUUCUGUAUGCAUGCUUCUAUGUCUUACAUAUUCAACUACUACCUAAUCAAAUAUACAUCAUUAUAUUCAAUAUUAACUAAUAUAAUUUCACACUUUUUUAUUAAAUCAAAUAAAUCUUCAAGUCCCACCAUAACGUGUACUAAUAUUUGAUUAUUAAUUAACUUAUCUCGAGACCAAGCUUUACAACUUUACUUAGAAAAUAAUUUUAAAAAAAUUAUUUGCCACAUUAUUUUUCCAAACCACUUAAUUAUCAAAUUUUUGAAUAAUAAUACUAAUAUUUUUAAUUUUUUAAAUAAUCGUCAAUUAAGCUCAUUUUUAAUGAGUUUUCUUUGAAAGCUUUUGACAAAAUUGUAUCACUACACUAGCACCAUGAAUUUUCAAAAAUUGGGAUGCUUCGAAGUCCUAAAAAGGUUUAGGUAUGCCACUAGCAUCAAAAUUUUUAAUUUAUUCAUCCAUCAAGCUUAUUUCAAUGAUUUUUCUCACAAUAACAUUCUACAGUUUUGUAAAGGUCUGGGGUGUUACAUUCACAUCCUUUCAAAAGAAUUUUAUACUCAAAAUUCAGUAUUUGUUAAUUAGUGAGAUAUUUUUUUUAAAAAAAUUAAUACUGCAUUCUCUUUUCGUUUUAAUUUUUAAUUUUUAAUUUUAAAUUUUGAAUUCAUUUUUAAUUUUUUAUUUUGAAAGUGUUUUUAAAAAAUUAAAAAGGCGUUUUCUUUGUCAUUUUAAAAAAAUAUUUCUCAAAUCAGAAAUUUAAAAAUUGUUUUCUUUUUAAAAUUUUGAGAAUAAUUUUUUAAUAAUAUUUUAUUUAAUAAAUUAAAAUUAGUUAAUGUUAAUAUAUUAUUAAAAUAUAUAUAUAUAUUUUAAAGUUAGUGAAUCUUGUAAUAUUUUUUUUUGUUAUAAGAAUAAAAUAUGAAUAAAUAAAUAAAUUAUCUUGACAAAAAAAAUAAAAAACAUAAAAAUAAAAAUUAAAAACUUAGACUGAUAAAUACAUAAUGUAAUUGUGAAUGAUAAGGUUACAUCAAAUAAUUCAAUAACAAGUAAAAUUCGAUUACAAGCCUCUAUACAAAUAUUAGAAACGAACAUAGUUUAAAAAUUAAUAAAAUAAAAUAAAAUAAAAUGCCAACCAACAACCAACCACAAUCGCGGAUGACCACCUUUUACCACAAUUGCUGAAUCUCAAUACAAAUAUUAUACACACACACACCCACACCCAGUAAAGGGCAGUCGAUGGUGGAUUUGGUGAUGUAAGGAGACGACGGUGAUGGCGGUGGCGGGCGUGAUUAACGGUCGAGAAAGAAGAGAGAAGAAAGAGAAAAGAAGAGAGGAAGAAAGAGUUAGGCAAGUGGGUUCUCGUGUUUUGCGUUUUGGAAGUAAGGGUUUGUUUUGGCUGAAAAUAACCAAAACGAAAAUAUAGCGUUUUGAGUUUUGUGUGUAAAAUUUUUGUGGGUUUUGAAAAAUGCAUUUUUAAAAAUAACAAUGAGAAUGUAUUUUUAUUGUUUUAGAAAAUUAAAACUAAAAAUAGACUAAAAACAAUAAAGAGAAUGUAGCUUAACAUUCUAAAAUUUGAAAGAAUUUUGAAGUGUUACAUUAUUAUCUAUCUAGACAUGGACUAGAGGAACCAUGCAAGGUUCAAGACUUAUGGAUUUCAACAAGAGGUACCUUAGAUAUAACAACUUGGUAAGGUUAUUUAUAUUCUCCAUUAAUAUUUGAUAAUACCCACCAAUAUUUCAAGAAUGUCGUAUGAAUUGUGUUUCCAUAGCAUGCUUUUCUAAUAGUACGAGAAGAGUAUUUUUUUUAAUCUUAUAGAGAGUCCUUAGACUUAUUUAGUUAAAAAAAAAAGAGAGAAAAAUAAAGAAAGUCUCCCUCCCCUGCUCUCCAUAAAAAAAAAUUGGAUAAUUUCUAAACUUACUCUCUAUCUUUCUUAAGAAACGAAGAUAUUAUUCACGAGUAAAUAAUAGACAUUAUUUAGAUUUACCCAUCUAAUUAUCCAUACUUUAUUCUCUUUAGAAAAAAAAAUCACAUUCGGAGUUUUUUUUCAAGAUUAUUGAAUUCUAAUAAUAAUGAGGUCAAAUCUGAAAAUCAAAACACAAUUCAACAUAUUCUAAAAGGAGAUUUUAAAAGUAUAAUAUACACAUGAUCUGCAAUAUUCUCAAAAUAUUCUAAAAGGGGUAUUAAAUACUAUUUAGUAGCUUGAUCGAGAAAGAAUAAAAUAUUUGCUGAUGGUUUUGAAUGUAUUUAAAAUCAUUUCCUAAUAAUUUACAUGGUGUUUGAAAUACACCAACUGGUUAACAUAUUUCCUUUCUCUUCUUUCUCGGAUCUCUA